GAACAGUAUUUUAGCUCCGCUAUAAUAGCAUGAAGAUCACACAAUUAAACUAAAAAUAUCAAACAUUCUCGACACAGACUGACUAUACAGCAGUGGGUUUUUGUCACCUUAUACUGAUGAAAAAAAUAUUUUAGUUGUGAGGUCCCUAAGACUAAAAAUAGUUUAGUGACUCGAGAUUUUCUACCGACAACAGACACUAUCUAUUGACGAGUACAGCUGCGUAUGGGCUUGGUCCUGAAUUUUGGUUGAAAAUUUGUUUUUGUUUUAAUUUUUUUUAGUGCAAUUUCCAUUGCAGAAUAUGUGUUCAAAUAGGUGUUUCGUUUUACUAGUCCUGUGCGUAAUCGACAAAUCACUUUCUAAAUUGUUUGAUUCCGAGGAAAUUGUACCUGUCAGGUUAAAUGGAAGAAGCAGUGGUCGUUUUUGGAAACGAAGUGAAGAACAGCCGAGAUUUAGACUCAGUGCCUUUGGCCGAGAUUUCACUUUGAAUUUAAGUCCGGAUAACAGUUUCUUAUCUACUACACUGACAAUUCAACGCAUCAAAGCAAACGACCUCCACACUUUACGCAGCGCCUCAGGUGCCCAUGGCAGACAAACUUCUGAGACUGAAACGGACUUUCACAACUUGAUAAACAAUACUGAAGAGAUGGAAAGACAUUUGAGAAGCUGUUUUUACUCGGGGACUGUGGACUCCAACCAAGAUUCUGUUGUUGCGGUCAGUCUCUGUCAUGGCAUCCUUGGAUCGUUUGUUACAGACGGAGAUGAGUAUUUAAUUGAGCCCAAAGUGCUCGGCUCAGGGAGAAGGGAGAGGUCCACUGAACAGUUACAUUUUAUCAAAAGGACGACACCCACAGAAGCACCACAUGACACUCAAACUGUAUUUGAUCAACUGAGUGAGGAGAGUCAUGUAAACGCUGACAUGGACAGUUUUAUUCACGAUGAAAAAGAUCCCGAGAGACAAUUACGAGGGAAACGCUUUGUAUCAGCACCACGAUUUAUUGAGACGCUGGUGGUUGCAGACUCGUCCAUGACACAUUUCUAUGGAGAUGAGAUAAAGCACUAUAUCCUGACCUUGGUCUCAAUGGCUGCCCAGCUUUACAAACAUCCCAGUAUCAAGAACUCUGUCCACAUGGUGGUGGUGAAGAUGGUGGUAGUGGAAGACGAGGAGGUUGGACCGUCACUCUCCAAUAACGGGGGAGUCGCUCUGCGCAAUUUCUGUGCCUGGCAACAACAGUUCAACCCGGCCAGCCAGAGGCAUCCUGAGCACUACGACACUGCUCUACUUUUCACCCGAGAGGAUAUUUGUGGACAUCAGAGUUGUGACACCCUAGGGGUUGCUGAUGUGGGAACUGCGUGUGAUCCAAAAAGGAGUUGCUCUGUCAUUGAGGACAAUGGACUUCAAGCAGCUUUCACUGCUGCCCAUGAACUUGGCCACGUGCUGAGUAUGCCACACGACGACUCCAAGAAUUGCGAGAGGAUGUUUGGGAAUCUGGGCGGCCAUCACAUGAUGGCCCCUCUGUUCAUUCACCUCAACAAGACUUUCCCCUGGUCCCCUUGCAGCGCCCUCUACAUCACAGAGUUCUUUGACAACGGACACGGCGACUGCCUCUUGGAUCCACCGGAGAGCAUCUUACCGUUACCCAGUGAACUCCCAGGCACCACAUACAGCCUCGACCGCCAGUGUCAGCAGAUGUUUGGGGAGGAGUUUGUGCACUGCCCCAACACCUCUGACAGUGAUGUCUGCAGCCAGCUGUGGUGCAGGGAGGAGGGCAAGCCCCACUGCACCACCAAUAAUGGCAGCCUUCACUGGGCGGAUGGCACCACGUGCGCCACCAACAGGAGCUGUCUGCACGGUGCAUGCAUGGCAGCCCACGAGGUCAUGCAGCCAAAGGUGGUUGUGGAUGGCGGCUGGGGUGCUUGGGGACCAUGGCAACAGUGCUCCAGGACAUGUGGAGGGGGUGUGGAGUUCUCCUACAGGGAGUGCACAGAUCCCGUGCCCCAGAAUGGCGGCAAGUACUGCGAGGGCCAGAGAGUCCAGUACCAGUCCUGCAACCCCCAGACGUGUGAGGAAAAUGCGAAGAGUUUUAGAGAGGAGCAGUGUGAGAAGUACAACAGCUUCAACUAUCUGGACAUUCUGGGGAACAUGAAGCAAUGGAUUCCAAAGUACGCUGGUGUGUCGCCCCGGGACAGGUGUAAACUCUUCUGCCGGGCCAAAGGCAGCAGUGAAUUCAAAGUCUUUGAAGCAAAGGUUAUCGACGGCACGACAUGUGGUCCUGACACUACGUCUCUCUGUGUACAAGGCCAAUGUGUCAAGGCGGGCUGUGACCAAGAGAUCGGCUCAAACAAGAGGCUUGACAAGUGUGGCUUGUGUGGUGGGGAUGGCCUCAGUUGCAGGAAGAUCACUGGUUCAUACAACAAAGCCACUUCCGGAUACAGCGACAUUGUGACCAUUCCUGUCGGGGCGACCAAUAUUGACAUCAAACAGCGUAGCCAUAGAAACAUCACACACGAUGGAAACUACCUGGCGGUCAAGCGAGAGGGCGGUGGCUACAUACUGAAUGGUAACUUCUCUGUGUCCACGGUGGAGCAGGAUAUCCCUGUUCUCGGGGCUGUGCUGAAGUACAGUGGCUCAUCCACCACCUUGGAGAGAAUACAAAGCUUCAGACAACUGAGGGAGGCCAUCACCAUCCAGUUGCUGGCCACUGCUGGGGAGGCAUUUCCACCCAAGGUCAAAUACACAUUCUUUAUCCCCAAAGAUGUGUCUUUCACUAAAUCCAAAGAGAAAAAGGCUUUGUUGCAUAUGAUCCAGGCUUUUGGUGUGCCCCAGUGGCAUUUGGGCAAAUGGUCAGAGUGCUCCAAGAGUUGCAGCUCCGGGUGGUCCCGAAGGAACGUUGAAUGCAGAGACAACGCUGGUUUCCAUUCCAAUACCUGCGAUAAGGACCUGAAACCCACAGAUAUCAGACCCUGUGCUGAUCUGCCAUGCCCCAUCUGGCAAAUGGGGCCUUGGUCGUCCUGUUCACGAACUUGUGGCCAGGGGGAACGCCGACGCAGUGUUGUCUGUAUAGACUACACCGGCAAGACUGUCGAGUCGGAGAAGUGUGACGCUAACAAGCAACCUGCGCCAGUGUCGGGAGAGUGUGUUUACCAAGAGUGCUAGCGAGGAGACAUGAAGACAGAGAAAACUUUGGGAGGGGUAGUGUAGUGGAUUCUUAACCGACCCGACCGUGCUUUAGAGAAAAGCAGGGAAACCCUAGUUUGGAAAUUAAGAGUGCACUAACUAACCCAGACAAGUCAUAGGACAUA